UUCCAUUAGUCAGUGAUGUCUGGUUUGAAACUGACAUGUUAAUUUAAACUGCAAUAAUGUUUUUUUAUGAACAAGUUCUGCUUAACUUGAGAGUUUCUGUAUUACUGUGAUAUUAAUGAUCAGUUUGUUGCUCUUUCAGAGACAUUUAAACACUGACAACAAUACACAGGGAGACAGUGAAUAACUACUUUUAGAGAGCUGUUACUACAGUCUUCUUGUUGCAGUUGAUGAAACAUUCCUGGUGAAGGUCGGGAGCUAUCAGUGAUUUGCAGACUUUGAGCUCUCAGUCGGAUAAGGUGUGCCAGACUCAACAGAGUUCUAUGAUGUUUUGCCAGACAGACGGAAAGACCCUUAAAGCUCUCGUUGUUUUGGUUUUCCAUCUUCUCUUAACAAACUUCUGUAGAGGUCAGUCUCAGCUGAUUGGUUCAUCUCAGCCAAUAGUAGCAACACUUGGUGAUGACAUCAUUUUGCCGUGUCAUCUGCAACCUGCGGUGGAUGCUGCUGGCUUGACGUUGGAGUGGACGAAAACUGACCUGAACCCCAGAUUUGUCCAUGUGUGGCGUGACGGUGUGGAGCUUGUGGAUAAAAAACAUAAAUCCUUUGAGGGAAGAACAUCAUUAUUCAUCAAUGAGCUGAAAAACGGAAACAUUUCACUGAAACUCUCAAAAGUAAAACUCUCUGAUCAUGGAACAUACAGAUGUUUCAUUCCGACACUGGAAAAACAAUCGUUUGUUCAACUAGUUGUUGCAUCAGGUGCUGUCUCCUCACCUGUCAUCAGAUUAGUAGGACUUGACAGAGACAGAGGAGGAGUGAUGUUACAGUGUGAAUCUAAAGGCUGGUAUCCACAGCCUGAGGUGUUUUGGUUGGACGGUGAGGGAAACCUCCUCUCUGCUGGACCUACAGAGACAGUCAGAGGUCCUGAUGACCUCUAUACUGUCAGCAGCAGAGUGACUGUAGAGAAGAGACACAACAACAACUUCACCUGUAGAGUCCAACUGAAGAACAUCAACCAGACCAGAGAGACACACAUUAUUGUUCCAGAUGAUUUCUUUAAGAUCCAGUCCAGUUCUUCCCCUGCCAUAAUCGGUUUGGCUGUUAGUUUGGCUGUUUGCAUCGUGGUUAUUGUUGCAGUUGCAGUUUUCUUUUUUGUGUGGAAAUGGAGACCAAACAUGAUCAAGGUCAAGAGAAGAGAAACUGACACUAAAGUUCAGUAUCAUAAAGAUGAAGAAACAGUGAGACAGAAGCUCAUUACAGAUGAAACUGCACCAAAGGACGGAGAAGUACGAAAGACAACCACACAUCAUCCUUCAAGUCUGAAGUCAGACUUUCUGCUGUCAGCAAGCAGAGGAGAAGAGAUGCCGACCAACAGCUUGAAGGUGGUGCAUGAAGAGAAUCAGGGGAGCAAAGAAGCUGGUGGAGAAGUGGAGACUCGGACUGAGAAGAAGGAAACUGAGAACAAUGAGCUGAAGGGAAAUGAAGCUGCCCCAGCCAAGUCUUGGUUUUCUUCUUGGCUCCCCUGGAAUAACAACAAGCAGCUCCAGGAUGGCAGGCAGAUGAAGGAGGAGGCUGAGAAGGAAAUGGUGUCCUUGAAGAAGCCGGAGAACUCUGAGGAGACGGUGGCAAAGAUCAACGAAGAGCAGCAGAAGACCCAAGAUAACCUGAAGAACAAGUCUACAGGGCAUUUAGACCUGCAUGAAGACGCUGACAUCGCUUUUCAGUGUCUUCUAGAGAUUUAG